UGGCAGAGUGGAGCGGGACCUAACGUUCUGGCUAGGGUGCAACGGACUGAGCGGGGUUGGGGGUCGGUUUCGGCAGACUGGAACCGGGCCGAGUAGGUGGCGGGUCCUCGAAGCUUCAGGUGGAUGAACUUACAGAAGUGCUAGAGAAAUCCAGCGGGUUAAGGUGGUGUCUGUGUUGGGGACGGACAGUCCAUGCUUUGGGUCGAGCAAGUCUGGGAGCUUGCUGACAUUCUGGGUCGCGACUGGUGCUUUGGGAACAGUGAAGGUGUGCUGCGGUGGGAGUGGAGUCCGAACGCGUACUUCAGAUAAGUGUUUGUAACUGGCUGUAAUUUGAAGGGUUUACCUAAUGGUUAGUGUCUGUCUUGUCAUGUUUGAGUGUCUUAUGUUCCCAUUCAUCGAACCUGUGAGCCUGUUUUCACACGAUAGCUUUCUACCAAAUGGUGCAGUAGAUCACUCAUCCAGCUUGGAAUAGUGAUGUCCAAUGUCGCAGAGGAUUGGUUCUCACCUGAGUUGGAGCCGUUACCAGAUUUUAUGAUGGAUAUUAAUUGCAGCACUAGCACCAGUUUUCUGCUUUGGUCAACAACAGCUUUAAUGCUCUACAAGUGAUGCACUACCUCUAUUUUAACAUGUAAUUCUCCUCCUGUUUUCCAGUAGGUAGAAAUGGAAGAAAGUGAGACCCUUGAUUUUCAGGCUCUGGAACAGGAGAUGCAGAUGGCUGUGGCUAUUGAUGAGAAAAAUCAGCGAGAAAAUGAUGCCAAGUUUAGAGCAGUUCAUCAGAAAGUGGAAACAUUUGAAGAAUUUAGGGAGAUUGUGCUAGCUUCGCAUCUGAAGCCUUUGGAAUUGCGAGACAAGUUGGGAGCAAGGAAUCAACCCUGGAAUACAUGUGCCACGAAAGCAAAGAGCAGUGUUCAGGUAGAAUUAUCCAAGCAUGCAGAUUCCCAGCCCAGGACAGCAGCAGAGUUUAGCCGUGACUGGAGAAGAUAUUAUUCUACUGAACCAGAGAAGUAUGCCUUCCUUCUCACCUUAGGUGCCCAGCUCUUGGGAAAUAUCUUCCAUACUGAAAUAGGAUUUGGACUGCUUGGUGAAUUCUUGGUCAUACUUUGUGAUCAGUUCCAACCAGAAGACACGAACGCAAUUUAUUGGAUCCUGCUGCAUCUCUCUCAAACUCGACGGUUCAGCCUGAGUGUGGAUUUCCUGAACAGCAAAGAGAGGGAGAAGGGCCUAAGGCUGUUUCAACUGCUAGAGCAGAACCUGGGUGGAGAUUUGCAGCAGGGAAGUGAGAUAGAGAUGAAUCCUGAGGCAAUAAAUAUGAGAGCGCUCCAACAGUUAAUAAAAGCAUACAAAUUUAACUAGUCCAGUCUUUGUAACUCUGGACUACUCUAUUCCCAUUCAAAUUUGGGAAUUCCCCUGCAUUUCUGACAGUGUAGCAUCUGAAUUUUUUUUCAAAAUGGGAGCGCCAGUCUAAAAACCAGUAUUUAAAAUAAAAAGCAGUAAAUGUAGGCAGCGUGACUCUUUUGGCUUGCUAUAUGUAUCAGUAAGAUCAUGAGCACGUGUAACAUCGGCUCUACUUUCUUGCUGUAUCUGCAUAUGCCUUGAUUGCUUGAGUGUUUCUAAUUUAUUGAUCUUGAUCUUGAAUGUAAUAGAAUGAGCAUCCACAGCUCAGAGUAAAGAAUUCCAAAAAUGUAUGGUAUUUUUGAUUUGUUAAUCCCAUCUGGAAUGUAUACAUUUGAAAUAGACAAAUGGAAUAGCCAUAAUCUGUGUUAAUAUUAGUUUCAAAGUUGCCCGUUACAGUGUCUUGACUGCGCUCUUUAUUUCAGUAUACUUAUAAUUUGUUGGGUUGAAUCAAAUCAAUUAAAUCACUUUUUAAAUCAUUGGUGUUGGUUAGAAAGUUAGUUAGAAGCCGAUGAAUGGGGGGGGGGGGGGCGGGCGGGAAAUAAGCUCAUCUAUUCUUCAGGUACUUCCAGCUCAGUUGUAUUUUUGAAGUACAGUACUUUUAUUUUUAGUUGUACUGUAUUAUGUUUUAUUACUGGUUGCAAUGUAAGUAGUAGCUGAACUUUCCACAACAGCUGUAAUUAAACUGUUUUUAUUUUUAAUACUAUCUAUAAACCAUCCAUGGCACAUGGCAGGAAAAGUGUGUUUGCUGUAACAUUUGCUACAUGCUGCAAGGACUGUAACAUUAAAUGGUUAGCAUGUUCCAUUUUGGCUGUUACUUGUUUUCUUGGGGUUGGGUUGAUUGCAGAAAUACAGUCUGCUUUCUGGCUAUUAUAUUACUAUUCCUGGAAUACUGUCUGCUGGGACUGGGGAAAAAUAAAUUGAUUUUAAGGAUAUUAGUGAUUUCCAGAAUUCCCACCCGUCACUCAAAGGGGGGAAAUUUUUCCAGAGCCCCACUUCUCUUCAAUUUAGUUUCUUAAGCAUUUUGUUUAUCAGUUGGUCAAAACUGCUGGUGGAAUUCUAUACAGAGGACCACUUGUUAUGUAUACUUUUUGGGAAAUCUGUGGCACAUACGUUAACACAAGCUCUGAAUUCCUGUUCUUGCCCUGGCUCCAAUUUCAAUGUUUCGUAUCUACCACUAUUUCCUUUCCUGGGCCUAGUUUCUACUCCCCCUUCAAGCCCUGUCACCCACUGUUUCCACAUCUGAUUUAUCCCAUGGGUCUGACUGGAUCACUUGGUGCCAACAUUUACUGCUGUUUUGCAGAUGUCUGGAACGUUAUUAAUCUGUGUUACUAACUAGGGCUGCUCAGAUGAGGGUGUAAAUAGAUAAUCCUAGCUCCACUUUCUGUGAGACAAUCUCCAAAUGGAAAAUGUAUGGAUGCUUUUGCCAUCUCUGAUAAAAUGGUCUUUAGGAGGGUUGGGGAGGCAGACAUGGUCUGAUAUUGAAUAUUUGUUCUUUAUGUCAGAAUCAGGGACAUGUAUUUUGCUAAUGUGCUAAUGUCAACAAAGUAAACAGCCUCGUAAUGGCUAUUGGAUCUUCACUUUAAACAUCAACGCUUUUAUGUAAUCUAUUUAUGUUAUCAAAUUUUCUGUUUUGGAAUGUACCAAAAAAAAAAGCUACUUUCUUGACAUUCUUUUUGUGUGAAUUUCAUUAAAAUUGUAAAUGCUGAAGCUUUGAAUAUAAUCCCUCUUUAGUAAUUCAGUGGGCCACUUUAACUUCAGGAAAUGAAAAGAGAACUAACUUACUGCCUUGUCAUGCCACUGACGUUUAGGGCAGCCAUGAAAGUCCUCCAUUUCAGUGCUGUUCAUUGUGCCAGUAAUAUCCUUGUAGCUUUCACUACUGUCAGUCGUGGGGGGGACGUCUCGUGAUGAUAUAGGAUCAAGACGUGGAAAUCCAGCUCUCCCGUAAAAAAACAGUAAAAUAAUGUUUAAGUGAAGAAAAGUUAGUAAAUACUUUUAAAAAAUUACUUAUAAACUACUCAGGAUUGUCUUAAGAUAUGUCUCCUAAACAGAAGCAGAAGAAAACUACUACUUUGAAGACAACGCAAGUUGGAAAAGAAUCAAGGCCGGCCGCCAUGAAAGAGCCUCGGGUCCAAGUGCAUUUUACCUCCGGCGAUUCAGAACAGGAAACUGCGGCAACAUCAACCAUUUCCAAAAAAAAAGCAACAGGAAUUGUGCAUGCGUGAAGGAAGGGGCAUGCGCAAACAUGAGCAGUGCAAACACGGGCAACCCAAACUACAAAUCUCAGCUAUGAUCGGAACUGAAAGUGAAAGUGAAUAUGAGGUGGAAUCAGAUUCUCUGGAUAAAUCAGACGAAGAUGAAGAGUCAAACAACGAAGAGCAACAGGAAGAGGUUGGAGGUGAUAUUGGAGACAAAAAAAAAUCUUUGGUGCAAAUAAUGCAUGAAUUAAAAGCAUUAAAAGUAAUAAAAAAGAUAUUAAAAAUAUGAAGAUUAUGUUUGAUAAAAUGAUGAAAAGACAGGACAAAAUGGACAAGAAAAUUAAAAACUUGGAAGAAACCAUUGGACACCAUUGAUAGAGCGAAUAAAAUGGAAGAUAAUAUUUCUGCCUGGACAUCAGAAAGAAAACGGUUGUUGGAAAAAGUGGAUGUACUUGAAAAUUUUAGCAGACGAAUUAAUAUUAAGAUUGUUGGACUUAAGGUAUAGAGGGAGAGGAUCCAAUAAUUUUUUUUCAAAAAUGGAUUCCGGAAAUUUUGGAAAUGGAAGAAGGAACCCAGUUAAUUGAAAUUGAAAGGGCUCACGGAGCCUUAAGAUCAAGACCUCAAGUUGAUCAAAACCCACGAUCAAUCUUGAUAAAAUGCUUAAGAUAUCAAGAUAAAGAAAAGAUCCUGAAGGCGGCUGCCCAACGUGCCAGAAAGAGAAAUGGCCAUUGAUGAUAGAAGGGAAAACAGUUCUUUUCUAUUCUGAUAUAAUUUAUGACCUUUUGAAGAGAAAGAAGGAAUUUAACCGGGCGAGAAAAGUUUUAUGGGAAAAGGGUUAUAAAUUUAUAUUGCGCCACCCGGCAACCCUGAUAAUUUUUUUGGAUGACGGAAAAAGAAGAUCUUUUACUGAUUAUCAGGAUGCGGAAGAAUUUGCUCAAGAACUCCCAAAUAUUUGCUAACCACAGCCAAAGAUUUAAAAGUAAAACGGAUUAAAGAUGAAGACAGGGACCAUGAAUGGAACUGAUGGAUGUUUAAGGACAGAAGAAUAUUUAAAUAUAUUCUUAAUUAUAUGAUAUGGGAGAGAAAGGUAAAAAUUUGAGAAAUAUUAAUCGAGAGUAGUGAUAUUAUUUUUUCUUCUCUUAAAUAUACUUUUUUAUGUUACGGGGGAGCUGGGGGAACAUUGGAUCAAUUGCUACGGGAUUCAUGUGUGUAAUCAUGGUGAUUGCCAUGACCCGUACAACAGAGGGGGGUAAUGUUGUGUUUUUUUUUAUUCACAACAUUAGUAGGGGGGUAUUUUGUUAUUUUUUUCUUUAUAAUCUAUUUUUCUUUAAUCUUUUUUUCUUUGCCUGGACAAUCGGGGGUGGGGUGGGGGGGUGACACAUAGCAACACGGAGAAGUUUAAAAAGAUUCCCCAAGGUACUAUGAAAGUUGAAAAGUUAGGUAUUACUAUAGACUGGAGUAACCCUGUUAAAAAUAAUGACUAAUUUACAUAAUUUUUUAAGUUUUAAUGUUAAUGGGCUUAAUGCACCGGUGAAAAGAAAAAGAAUUUUAACAUACAUUAAGAAAAUGAAAAUAGAUAUAGCUUUUAGCUGUAUUCCACUUGAAAAAAUUACUUAUAAUUUAAGAGAUAAAUAUGAAAUAUUUCUGAAAUUUAUUUACAAAAGAUAGGAUUAAAUAUAUAGGUGCUCUGAAGAUAAAAUUAUUGGUUAUUUGGGGAAAUAAAUAAAUAUAUAUAUAUAUUAAAGUUAUUAUGAACUCCGUGGAGCAUGUGGGGAUCUUCUGAUAUCCAGGCAUUCUUUCUUUCUUUCUUUUUACUUCUCUUUUUU